UCGGGGACGCCGGCGGGUCCAGACCCGGGGACCAGAGCUGGGACCGAGAGGGCGCCCGCGGGAAUGGGGGCCGAGCGGCAGCAUUACUACGGGAAGCUCGGAACGCCACAGAAGUAUGACCCCACCUUCAAAGGACCCAUUUACAACAGGGGCUGCACGGACGUCAUCUGCUGUGUGUUCCUCCUCCUGGCCAUUGUGGGCUAUGUGGCUGUGGGCAUCAUAGCCUGGACCCAUGGGGACCCUCGAAAAGUGAUCUACCCCACUGAUAGUCGAGGCGAGUUCUGCGGGCAGAAGGGCACGAAAAAUGCGAACAAGCCCUACCUGUUUUAUUUCAACAUUGUGAAGUGUGCCAGCCCCCUGGUCCUGCUGGAAUUCCAGUGUCCCACCCCGCAGAUCUGCGUGGAGAAAUGCCCGGACCGCUACCUCACCUACCUGAACGCGCGCAACUCCCGCGACUUUGAGUACUACAAGCAGUUCUGUGUUCCUGGCUUCCAGAACAAUAAGGGUGUGGCCGAGGUACUUCGCGAUGGCGACUGCCCGGCUGUCCUCACCCCCAGCAAACCCUUGGCCCGGCGAUGCUUCCCCGCCAUCCACGCCCACAAAGGGGUCCUUAUGGUGGGCAACGAGACGACGUAUGAGGAUGGACACGGCUCUCGGAAGAACAUCACAGAGCUGGUGGAGGGGGCCAAGAAAGCUAAUGGGGUCCUGGAGGCGCGACAGCUGGCCAUGCGGAUAUUUGAAGAUUACACCGUCUCUUGGUACUGGAUUGUCAUAGGCCUGGUCAUCGCCAUGGUGUUGAGCCUCCUGUUCAUCAUCCUGCUCCGCUUCCUGGCUGGCAUUAUGGUCUGGGUGAUGAUCGUCAUGGUGAUUCUGGUGCUGGGCUACGGAAUAUUUCACUGCUACAUGGAAUACUCCCGACUGCGCGGUGAGGCCGGCUCUGACGUCUCCCUGGUGGACCUUGGCUUUCAGACGGAUCUCCGGGUAUACCUGCACUUACGGCAGACCUGGAUGGCCUUCAUGAUCAUUCUGAGUAUCCUCGAAGUUAUUAUCAUCUUGCUGCUCAUCUUCCUCCGGAAGAGAAUUCUCAUCGCUAUUGCACUUAUCAAAGAAGCCAGCAGGGCUGUGGGAUAUGUCAUGUGUUCCAUGUUGUACCCACUGGUCACCUUCUUCCUGCUGUGCCUCUGCAUUGCCUACUGGGCCUGCACUGCUGUCUUCCUGUCCACUUCCAACGAAGCGGUCUAUAAGAUCUUUGAUGACGUCGCCUGCCCACUUACUGGGAAAACUUGCAACCCUGAGACUUUCCCUUCCGCCAAUGAAUCCCGCCAGUGCCCCAACGCCCGCUGCCAGUUCGCCUUCUACGGCGGUGAGUCGGGCUACCACCGGGCGCUGCUGGGCUUGCAGAUCUUCAAUGCCUUCAUGUUCUUCUGGCUUGCCAACUUCGUGCUGGCGCUGGGCCAGGUCACGCUGGCCGGGGCCUUCGCCUCCUACUAUUGGGCCCUGCGAAAGCCGGACGACCUGCCCGCCUUCCCGCUCUUCUCUGCCUUUGGCCGGGCGCUCAGGUACCACACAGGCUCCCUGGCGUUCGGCGCCCUCAUCCUGGCCAUCGUGCAGAUCAUCCGAGUGAUUCUCGAGUACCUGGAUCAGCGCCUAAAAGCUGCGGAGAACAAAUUCGCCAAGUUUCUCAUGACCUGUCUGAAAUGCUGCUUCUGGUGCCUGGAGAAAUUCAUCAAAUUCCUUAACAGGAAUGCCUACAUCAUGAUUGCCAUCUAUGGCACCAACUUCUGCACCUCGGCCAGGAACGCCUUCUUCCUGCUCAUGAGAAAUAUUAUCAGAGUGGCCGUCCUGGACAAAGUCACGGACUUCCUCUUCCUGUUGGGCAAACUUCUCAUCGUGGGUAGUGUGGGGAUCCUGGCUUUCUUUUUCUUCACACACCGAAUCAGGAUUGUGCAGGAUACGGCACCUCCUCUCAAUUACUACUGGGUCCCUAUACUGACGGUGAUCGUUGGCUCCUACCUGAUUGCCCAUGGCUUCUUCAGCGUCUACGGCAUGUGUGUGGACACACUGUUCCUCUGCUUCUUGGAGGAUCUGGAGAGGAACGACGGCUCGGCCGAGCGGCCUUACUUCAUGUCUUCCACUCUCAAGAAGCUCUUGAACAAGACCAACAAGAAGCUCGCGGAGUCCUAAAGGCCCCGCCGUCCCCCGCUUCUUGGGGACCCUCACACCGGGUGCUCUGCAGCUGGGUCAGUCCCCGCAGUCCCUGGGGCUUUCCCGAAGUCCUGUCACUGCCGCUCUGCCCCCUUCCUCAUUAACCAGUUACCACCAGUUUCCAGGGACCUGGAGGAUUCGGGGCACCUCCUCCCUAUCUGUGCCAAGGGGCACUCAGAGUUUUCACGAUGGCCGCCCCCUCAAGACCGCAAAGUCAGUCUCUCCGGCCCCUCCUUGGCUUGGAUGGAGAAAAAUCUGGUUGCGUCUCUUGAUGCCUGGGUGGCGGUGUGGCCGGACCUCCGCAAGCUCCCUUAUGUUCCCUGUCACUCUCUUAAUGACAACGGGACAGACAACAGGAAGGACGGUGUUUGUGUCUGAGUGAACUCCAGCUCCAAACCCUCCCGGUCACCGCUGCCUGCUCCUGCCAGGACUGAACCCCUCCUCCAUGGCUGAACAGUUGACUCAAGGGCCGCCAGAAGCAUUUCUUUCUUCUCCUUUUUUUUAACCUGGACGUGCAUUAAAGGGUCUAUUAGCUUUUUUUCCAUCUGUCUCAACCAGCUGAGAUGGGGCUGCCAAGGAGUGCCUUCCUUUGUCCCCUCCCCGCCGGGCGUGGCUGGGGUGGGAGUGUGUGUACCCAGGUGGGGGUGGCUCCUGGCUAGGGGUGGGAUGUUGACGGGAGGAGAGGGAGGGAGGGAGACAGACUCUUGGGGGACGGUGAGGAGCAGGCCUGGGUGGCCAGGUCUGAGCCGGCUGGAGGACAUUGCUAAUAAGCCAGCGCUUAAUGGAAACCACCUGGCCGCCUGGCGGGGUUGGGCUGAAUUUCUCCCCCUUCCCCCGCCAGUUAUUGACACAGCUCUCUUUGUAAGAGAGCAAAGAAACCGAAUCCACCCGAGGGAUGAUUUCGGGGGGAGCGGUGGGGGCAAACCAGGCCCCUCUGCCCACAUACUUCACCUCGAGCACCCU